AUGAUCGAGUGCGAACGAUCCGACGACGACGCGGAAUCGAGAGGUCGUGGCUCUGGCAACGGCUGCGUAGAACAAGCGCCAUGCGGGCGGCAGGCCGACCGGUCAGUGUUAUUGCACGGCCUGUGCGCGGUCAUCAUCGCUCUGGCCGCGGCCCGGAUCCUCCCGGCGUCCGCGUUCACAGCGUUGACCGCGUUGGCCGUGUGCCUGGUCGGCGUGCGCGUCCUGUCACCGGUGCUUAGAACGCUGUCGUGCAGCCUGUUCCGGUUCAGCGGACCUUGCGGUCGCAGAUCCGCCGAAGCGAAGGCCAUCGAUAACAGAAACGGCGGACGAUCCGUUCCGCAACGACGUCCACAGGCGCCGCCAGCUACGACGACAAGCGGAGGUGACGCGCCGCCGCUUGUCAAACGCUGUCUGCGAUUGCUGAUGCGAGCAAUGCGAGUCGUCCAACGAUGGGCCAUCGUUAUUCGCCCUAAACGUUCCCGGCGGUCGACGCGUCGAUGUCACGACACCUCAAGCAGGUCAGUCACCACUUGCAGCACCACCGCGGAGACAGUCGAGACGGUGACGGGUUCUCGGGCCGGCAACGAUUACGUUCACUGCAGCCAACGUCAGUACCAGCUGGUACGCACCUCCAGAGGACAGCGAUGA